AUGACAGCAGGAGCUCUGCGCCUCUGGCUCGUCCUCGCUCUGCAGCUCAGAUGCGUCAGCCCGCUCGCCAUCCGGCAGGGCGCUUUGGACGCGACGAAGACGGCGAACGAGGAGCUGGACGCGCUGGUCCGUCUGAAGGAUUUACCUCGGGCUCCAGCUGUGGCUCCUCACAAGAAGGCGCCUCAGUUUAUGUUGGAUCUUUUUAACGCGGUGUCAGUCUCCGAUGGGAGACCGAAAAGCCAGAAGGAGAUCCUGGAAGGAAACAUAGUGCGGAGCUUCGAGGAUAAAGGUCAUGCUGGAGAGAGGUUUCACUUCUUCAAUCUGUCGUCUUUCGGCAGAGACGAGAGAAUGAUUAAAGCGGAGUUCCGUUGGUUCAGAAAGAAACAGAAGUUUUACCUGGGAAAGUCAUAUGGGCCUCAUUUCUAUAAGGUGGACCUGUACGAGGUGCUGGACAGCCGAGUGAAGCCAUGGAGAGGAAACCUCAUCACCUCCAGGCUGGUGCCCCUGUACACACAGGGAUGGGAAGUCUUCAACGUCACUCAAACGGUGUCAAAGUGGAUCCGCAACAGCCAGGAGAACAACGGCAUCCUCGUGGUGACCACACUUCCUUCUGGUGACUGGAUGGAGUCAGUGACAGACACCAGCGCCUACCUGGUCAUAUUCUCAGACGACGAGAGGACAGGAGCGUCAAACCAGUCCUACCUGGGACAAGGUCAACCUGCAGCAGCAGCACCUGAGCUCCGCGACCACCGCAGCAGAAGACGACGUGCAUCUGCAGUGUCGUCACCCCACAGCCGCUCCCAGUCCUGCCAGCGGGUUCCCCUCUUCGUUGACUUCGAGGAGAUCGGCUGGUCUGGCUGGAUCAUCUCCCCCAGGGGCUACAACGCCUACCACUGCAAAGGCUCCUGCCCGUUCCCCCUGGGGGGAAACCUCAGAGCGACCAACCACGCCACGGUGCGCUCCAUCAUGCAUGCGCUCAAGCUCUCCAGUGACGAAGUGGGAGUGCCCUGCUGUGUUCCCGACAGACUCCAGUCCAUCAGUUUGUUAUAUUUUGAUGAUGAGGAGAACGUGGUCUUGAAGCAGUACGACGACAUGGUGGCGUUAAGCUGCGGCUGUCACUGA